AUGAAAAAUUAUAUUAUAUUAUUAAUAUAUUAUAUUAUUAAAUUUAAAUUUAUUAAAUGUGUAAAUCAACAAAAUAAUAUUUUUCCAUUUGGAAUGAAUGUUAGAAAUAGUGUAAUGAGUGGUAUACAAGAUUUAGCUGAUUUUGCUAUUAAUAUUCAUCCACCACAUGAAGACAUUGAAGAAACAUUAACAUCAUUAGAUGGAAUAAUGAUGCUUGAAAAUGUACAAAAGAGAGCAGAUAAUGAAGAAUUUACAGAAGCUGAACAAAGAUUAUUAAAAAUACAUAAGAAUAAAAUUAGAGAAAUAGUUUCAUUAGCAUUUGAACCAAUACAUUCAAUGGUAUUUUAUAAUUAA